GCUAACGUGAAGCUAACGUGAAGCUAACCCGGCGACCGGCGGGACAGAGCAGGAGGAUCCGUGUCAGCGGCGGUUCGACGCGUGGACUCCGGAGGAAGCGACCGUCGCGGAUUCAGUUCGACCUCCGGCUGCGUUCGAGGGAAGAGAAGAGAAGAGAAGUUCCACCGGAGCCGGAAGCGGAGGCACGAAGCGGAAACUGAAGAGGUAAGGAGCCAUGUCGCACCACUCCCGGAGUUCGUCUCGGACCGGGGACUGUAAAGUGUACGUGGGCGACCUGGGCAACGGAGCUGCCAAGGGCGAGCUGGAGCGAGCGUUCAGCUACUACGGCCCCCUGAGAAGUGUGUGGGUGGCCAGGAACCCCCCCGGCUUUGCCUUCGUGGAGUUUGAGGAUCCCAGAGAUGCAGAAGAUGCUGUCAAAGGCAUGGAUGGAAAGCUUCUCUGUGGCUCCCGUGUUCGUGUGGAGUUGUCGACGGGCCUCUCCAGGAAGGGCCGCGGGCGCCCCAGCCGGCGCCAGUUUGACCCCGCGGACCGGUGUUACCAGUGUGGCGACCGAGGCCAUUACGCCUACGACUGCUACCGCUUCAGCAAGAGGGGCCGGCGCAGCAGGUCUCGCUCCCAUUCCCGGUCUCGCUCCAGGUCCAGGUCCCGUGGACGCCGUUAUCGCUCCAACACUCGCAGCCGCAGCCACAGCCGGAGCCGUCGCAGAUCUCCGUCUUACGCCAGACGCAGGAGCAGGUCUGGCUCUCCAGCCCGCACCAAGUCAAGGACUCCCGUGAGAAGUCGCUCCAGAUCCCGCUCUCGCUCUGGCUCUGCGCCCAGGAGACGCUCUGUCUCCGCGCCCAGGAGACGCUCUGUCUCUCGGUCCCGCUCACGCUCUGUUCCAGCCAACCACAAGAAGAGCAGUCGUUCCCGUUCAGGAAGUCCAAACCGAAGCCCUGCGGUAGCAGAUGCCUGAGCGAUGAAGACUAUUUGACACACACACACACACACAUGCACACACACACUCAAACACUCUGCAUUUACAGCCCUACAGCAGCUGUUUUUCUUUUGUACUUGUAUGUCUGGUCUCUGUUGUUGAAAUUGAAUUUUCUCCCCAGGGCUGCAGCUUCUGUGCAGGCUCAGAUUGUUAUAGCUGUAGUCAGUGCAGUAGGCGGAAAUCUGAUUGUUUUAAAUGUUUUGCUGCUGUUAUGGGUUGUCUCUCUUCUCAGACGAUUUAGGACGUUAAGGUAACACAGAGAGUUGCAGCUGACUUUUAGCAGUGGUUCGACAGUUCACAGUAAACUGCAGUUGAAGAAAAGCCCAGGUUUUGAGGGCGAGGACAUAGUACUGAAAAACUGCUUUUAUUCUUGAACAGUAAGUUUAUGUUCCCCCUUUGAAAUGCAAAGAUAGUUUUUUGUAUUUCACUCAUUAUGAAUUUUGAGUUUAAAUGCUGUGUAGUGUUUCCUCGUAUAAUGGCAUGAACGAAAUCUUCCUGGCCUGCAUGCCUUUAAAUAUGUGACGUCACAUUCCUACUGCUUGUCGUGUCUGUGAUGCACGGCCCUUUUUACAAACCGAUCAGCUUCCCUCCUUGCAGAAAAAGACUUUUUCACCCCCCGUGUGUGGAUUCCUCAUUUGUUCCUGUGACUUUUUGAUUUUAAAGUACGUAUGAACAGCGCUGAAGUUUGAUUUGACCGUUUGGCUCUGUUCCUGGCUUCUACAGUGAGACAGCGGCAGUUUUAUUUUUGAAUAAACCUCUUCAACAAAAA